AUGGAGCUGCAGGGAACACACCACGGACAGAUACUGAUACUGUUGAGGUGUGGGGCAUAUGCGAAACGGUGUUAUUUCACUGUAAAAUUUCACCAGCAACAUGUGAGAGAGAAGACUUUCAUUAGAGGUGUGGACAGCAUUUCCCUUGCAAACAGCUGCAAUUUCAAUGUGUCCCAGAAUCGUUUUACAUGCGGGGAGGUUGGGCAGGGUGUCCGUACUGAAUCAGGACAUCUCCACCUAAAGGCUACUCAGACCAGGGACAGUCGAAAUGCUAUUUUGACACAGGGGAUGACAUUUCAAAGGACAAAAAAUUAUUACACCAGAAAAGAAUGUAAGAAAAACAUUACCUGCACCCACACGUUUAUUCAGGAAAAAGAUGUCAAUGUUGGAAGUCGAUGUUUUGUGUGCUCUGAAUGUGGGGAAUAUGUUACCAAAUUUUCUAGCUUGUAUUAUCUACAGCGAAGUCACAGUGCAGAAAGGCCUAAUCAGUGCAGUGAAUAUGGGAAAGCUUUUAGCAGUAGUAGCAGCCUAGGUGAUCAUGAAGCUUUGCACACUAAUGAAAGGCCUUAUGAGCGUAGUGAUUGUGGAAAAUCUUUUACCAAUAGCAGUGUCCUCCAUUAUGAUCAGAGAGUUCUCACAGCAGAAAGGCCUUAUGAUGAAUGUGGGAAAGCUUACACCAAUAGCACUAAACUUUCUCGUCAUCAGAGAGUGCACACUGGAGAGAGACCUUAUCACUGCAGUGAAUGUGGGAAAUCUUUUAUCACCAGCAGUAAACUUGGUCGUCAUCAGAUAGUUCAUACAGGAGAAAAGCCGUAUAAAUGCCAUGAAUGUGGGAAAUCUUUUACCACUAAGUUUUACCUUCACCUUCAUCAGAGAGUUCACAGAGGAGAAAAGCCUUAUAAAUGCACUGAAUGUGGGAAAUCUUAUACCAGUAAUACUGUCCUUUGUAUUCAUCAGAGAGUUCAUACAGGAGAAAAGCCUUUUAAAGGCAGUGAAUGUGGGAAGUCUUUUAUCACCAGCAGUAUACUUCAUCGUCAUCAGAGAGUUCAUACAGGAGAAAUUGCUUAUAAACGCAGUGAAUGUGACAGUCUUUUACAACUGACUCUCACCCUCAUUGUCAUCAGAGAGUUCACAGAGGAGAAAAGCCUUAUAAAUGCAGUGAAUGUGGGAAAUCUUUUACCGCUAAGUUUCAACUUAACCGUCAUCAGAGAGUUCACAGAGGAGAAAAGCCUUAUAAAUGCAGUGAAUGUGGGAAAUCUUUUACCGCUAAGUUUCAACUUAACCGUCAUCAGAGAGUUCACAGAGGAGAAAAGCCUUAUAAAUGCAGUGAAUGUGGGAAAUCUUUUACCGCUAAGUUUCAACUUAACCGUCAUCAGAGAGUUCACAGAGGAGAAAAGCCUUAUAAAUGCAGUGAAUGUGGGAAAUCUUUUACCGCUAAGUUUCAACUUAACCGUCAUCAGAGAGUUCAUACAGGAGAAAUUGCUUAUAAACGCAGUGAAUGUGACAGUCUUUUACAACUGACUCUCACCCUCAUUGUCAUCAGAGAGUUCACACAAGAGAAAGUCCUUAUGAGUGUAAUUAAUGGGAGAUAUCUCUCUGCCUAAUUUGUACAUUUGCUCUGCACAAAAGAGCCCGAAUGUGAAAAAUUUCUUAGAUGUGUUGAAAAUGUAGUUUCUUACUUAGGAUUUAACAAAUGUAUAAGAAAAUAUAUGAAGUCUCAUUACUCUGAAUUUUAUCUCAUACAUUCAAUCACCUACAUUAUAUAAUAUACCCACAACUAUUUUUACUGUUCUGUUUUCUUGUUUGUAUGUUGUAGCCAUAUGUAUCUAUGUUGGACUUUUUAACAUACAGUGCUGUCUUGCCAGGUCUAUGUCAUUGCA